AUGAAGAACGUUUACUGGCUUAGUCUGAAACUUGUCAAGUUUGCAACUCUUGGCUGCCUAUGGAUUUCUGUGGUCCAGUGUACAGUUUUAAACAGCUGUUUAAAGUCAUGUGUAACUAACCUGGGCAGACAGCUUGAUGUCGGCACACCUCACAAUCUGAGUGAACCAUGCAUCCAAGGAUGUCAUUUCUGGAAUUCAGCAGAUCAGGAAAACUGUGCCUUAAAGUGUAAUGAAACCUAUGCUGCAGUUUAUGAGCGAGAAUCCUGUGAAGUUGGCUGCAGCAGUGGGGAAGGCGCGUAUGAAGAGGAAGUGCUAGAAAAUGCAGACCUCCCUACUGCACCCUUUGCUUCUUCCAUUGGAAGCCACGGUAUGACAUUACGAUGGAAAUCGGCCAACAUCUCUGGAGUAAAAUACAUCAUUCAGUGGAAAUACACACAACUUCCUGGAAGCUGGACUUACACUGAGGCCGUGUCCAAGCUCUCCUACGUGGUAGAGCCCCUGCAUCCCUUCACUGAAUAUGUUUUUCGAGUGGUUUGGAUCUUCACAGCCCAGCUGCACCUGUAUUCCCCUCCAAGUCCCAGUUAUAGGACUCAUCCUUAUGGAGUUCCUGAAACUGCUCCUUUCAUUAGGAAUAUUGAAAGCUCAAGUCCCGACACGGUGGAAGUCAGUUGGGCUCCACCUCAAUUCCCAGGUGGACAUAUUUUGGGCUACAACUUAAGGCUGAUCAGCAAAAAUCAGAAAUUAGAUUCAGGGACACAGGGAACCAGUUUCCAGUUUUACUCCACUCUACCGAAUACCACCUACAGGUUUUCUAUUGCAGCAGUAAAUGAAGUUGGUGAGGGGCCGGAAGCAGAAUCUAGUAUUACCACUUCAUCUCCAGCAGUUCAAGAAGAGGAACAGUGGCUCUUUUUAUCCAGGAAAACUUCUCUAAGAAAGAGAUCUUUAAAACAUUUAGUAGAUGAAGCACAUUGCCUUCAGUCAGAUGCCACACACCAUAAUAUUACAGGAAUAUCAGUUCAUGUCCACCAGCAAGUUGUUUAUUUCUCUGAAGGAACUCUCAUAUGGGUGAAGGACGCUGCCAACAUGUCUGAUGUGUCUGGCCUGAGAAUUUUUUACAGAGGUUCAGGAUUAAUUUCUUCCAUCUCCCUAGACUGGCUUUAUCAGAAAAUGUAUUUCAUCAUGGAUGAACUGGUAUGUGUCUGUGAUUUAGAGAACUGCUCAAACAUUGAGACAAUUACACCUCCCUCAAACAUUGCACCUCAAAAAAUUGUGGCUGAUUCAUACAAUGGGUAUGUCUUUUAUCUCCUGAGAGACGGCAUUUAUAGAGUCGACCUUCCUGUGCCGUCCGGUGGGGGCUCAGAAGCUAUGCAUAUUGUGCAGAGUGGCACUUUAAAGGACUUUGCAAUCAAGCCCCAGUCCAAGCGAAUCAUUUACUUCAAUGACACCGCCCAAGUCUUCAUGUCAACCUUUCUGGACGGCUCUGCAUCCCACAUCGUCCUACCUCAUGUCCCCUUUACUAAUGUGAAGAGCUUCGCUUGUGAAAACAAUGACUUCCUGGUCACAGAUGGCAAGGCCGUUUUCCAACAGGAUUCGCUGUCUUUUAAUGAAUUCAUCGUGGGAUGUGACCUGAGUCACAUAGAAGAAUUUGGCUUUGGCAACUUGGUCAUCUUUGGCUCAUACACCCAGCCACACCCGCUGCCAGGCCGCCCGCAGCAGGUGUCCGUGCUGUUCGGCUCCCAGCAGGCCCUGGUUCAGUGGAAGCCCCCCACGCUCGCCAUCGGAGCCAGUCCUUCUGCCUGGCAGGACUGGACUUAUGAGGUGAAAGUAUCAACUCAAGACCUUCCUGAAACCACUCACGUGUUCUCUAAUAUAAGUGGGACCAUCCUUAAUGUACAUGACCUUCAGAGUGCUACAAAAUAUGAGGUUUCUGUGAGAGCAAGUUCUCCCAAGGGGCCAGGCCCUUGGUCAGAGCCCUCAGUGGGAACUACUCUGGUACCAGCUGCAGAACCACCAUUUAUCAUGGCUGUGAAAGAAGAUGGACUUUGGAGUAAGCCAUUAAAUAGCUUUGGCCCGGGAGAAUUCCUAUCCUCUGAUAUAGCAAAUGUGUCAGACAUGGAUUGGUAUAACAACAGCCUCUACUACAGCGACAUGAAAGGUGAUGUUUAUGUAUGGCUGCUGAAUGGGACAGACAUCUCAGAGAAUUAUCACAUACCCAGCAUUGCAGGAGCAGGGGCUUUAGCUUUUGAGUGGCUGGGUCACUUUCUCUACUGGGCUGGAAAGACCUAUGUGAUUCAAAGGCAGUCUGUGUUGACAGGACACACAGACAUUGUGACUUACGUGAAGUUGCUGGUAAAUGAUAUGGUGGUGGACUCAGUUGGUGGAUAUCUCUAUUGGACCACAUUAUAUACAGUUGAAAGUACCAGGCUAAAUGGAGAAAGUCCACUUGUAUUACAGGCACAGCCUUGGUUUUCUGGGAAAAAGGUAAUUGCUCUAACUUUAGACCUUGGUAAUGGGUUCCUAUAUUGGUUGGUUCAAGACAGUCAGUGUAUUCACCUGUAUACAGCUGUUCUUCGGGGUCAGAGUGCCGGGGACACCACCAUCACAGAAUUCGCAGCCUGGAGCACCUCCGACAUUUCUCAGAACGCACUGAUGUUCUACAGUGGUCGGCUUUUCUGGAUCAACGGCUUUCGGAUUAUCACAGCUCAGGAAAUCAGUCAGAGGACCAGCGUCUCCAUUUUGGAACCAGCCAAAUUUAAUCAGUUCACAAUUGUUCAGACAUCCCUCAAGCCUCUGCCAGGGAACUUCUCCUUUACCCCUAAGGUUAUCCCAGAUGCCAUUCCAGAGUCUUCGUUUAUGAUUGAAGGAAAUGCUUCGAGAUUUCACAUCCUCUGGAAUGCUCCCCCAGCAGUGGAUUGGGGCAUCAUUUUCUACAGUGUGGAAUUUAGUGCUCAUUCUAAGUUCCUGGCUAGUGAACAACAGUCUAAACCUGUAUUUACUGUGGAAGGGCUGGAGCCCUAUGCCUUAUUUAAUCUUUCUGUCACUCCUUAUACCUACUGGGGAAAGGGUCCCAAAACAUCUCUAUCACUCCGAACUCCCGAAUCAGUUCCAUCAGCACCAGAGAAUCCCAGAAUAUUUAUAUUACCAAGUGAAAAACACUGUAACAAGAAUGAAGUUGUGGUGGAAUUUAGGUGGAAUAAGCCUCAGCAUGAAAACGGCGUGUUAACAAGAUUUGAAAUUUUCUACCAAAUAUCCAACCAAAACGACACAAACAAAACAUUGGAAGACUGGAUUGCUGUCAAUGUCACUCCCUCAGUGAUGUCUUUUCAGCUGGGGGUCAUGAGUCCUGGGUACAGCGUGGCCUUCCAGGUUCGAGUCUUCACAUCCAAAGGACCUGGACCAUUUUCUGACAUAGUAAAGUCCAAAACAUCAGAAAUUAACCCAUUUCCAUACCUCAUAACUCUUGUUGACAACAAGAUAACUUUAUUAGAUAUGGAUCGAAAUCAGGUCGCAUGGACAUUUUCAGCAGAAGGGGAUGUUGGUGCCAUGGGCUACACAGCUGAUGAUGCAGUGGGGUACUAUGCUCAGGGAGACUCCCUCUUCCUCCUCAAAAUGGACAACCGGUCCAGCACUAAGAUUUUCAGAGAUGCACUGGUUUUUGAUAUCACAAUUAUUACAAUUGACUGGAUUUCAAGGCACCUCUACUUUGUGCUGAAAGAGUCACAAAACAGAAUGCAAAUAUUUGAUAUGGAUCUUGAAAACAAGGUGAAAUAUCCCAGGAAGCUGAAAGCUUGCAACAGAAAUUCAACAAUAGCUUCUUUUUCUGUGUAUCCUUUUUUAAGUCGCCUAUAUUGGACAGAAGUUUUUGGUUCUGGAUCUCAGAUGUUCUACUACAGUAUUAUCAACCAGACUGUGCAUGGAAUUCUGCAAGCCCCAGUCACAAACCAUCCAAACGGGAGCCAAUGUUCUUGCAAUGUGACUGAAUCUGAGUUGAGUGGAGCAAUGACUAUUGACACCUCUGACCUAAAGAAACCACAGAUAUACUUUGUCAAAGGUCAAGAGAUCUGGGCCACAGAUCUAGAAGCAUGUCAGUGUCAGCAAAUUAUCAUCCUGCCUGCUCUUCUUGGAAAAAUGCUUGUUAGCUUGACUGUGGAUGGAGAAUUUCUUUAUUGGAUCUCCAAAGUAGAGGACAGCACACAGAUUUAUCAAGCAAAGAAAAGCAAUGGGGCCAUCCUCUCCCAGGGGGAAGCCCCAAGGAGUAAGCAUAUUUUGGUUUACAGUUCAGUUCUACAGCCUUUUCCAGAUAGAGCAUUUCUGUCUCUAGCUUCUGAUAUUGCAGAGCCAACUAUACUUAACACCACUAACACCAGCCUCGCAAUCAGAUUACCACCCACUCGGACAAAACUUACAUGGGACGGCAUCACCAGUCCCACUCCCACAUACCUGGUUUAUUACAAAGAAGUAAUUGACAUGAAGAACAGCUCUGAACUGAGAGAUAAAAUGCUGGAAUUUCAGGGGAGUAUCGCCCUUAUUGAAGGUUUACAACCAUUUUCAACAUAUAUGAUACAGAUAGCUGUAAAGAAUUAUUAUUCAGAUCCUUUGGAACAAAUACCUCUGGGAAAAGAGAUAUGGGGAAAAACUAAAAGUGGAGUACCAGAGGCGGUUUGGCUCAUUAACACAACCGUGGAGUCAGACACCAGCCUCGUUAUAUCCUGGACGGAAUCUCACAAGCCAAAUGGACCGAGAGAGUCCGUCCGCUAUCAGGUGGCAAUCUCUCAUCUGGCUCCCAUUCCAGAGAUUCCACUAAGGCAAAGUGAAUAUCCAGAUGGGAGUCUCUCUCUCCUCGUUACUAGACUGUCUGGUGGAAAAGUCUAUGUGUUAAAGGUUCUGGCCUGCCAUGCCGAGGAAAUGUGGUGUGCAGAGAGUCACCCUGUCACUGUGGAAACAUUUGACUCGCCAGAGAAACCUUAUGGCUUUCUUCCAGAGAACACUAGUUUGCAGUUACAUUGGAAUGCUCCUUCAAAUGUUCACCUCAUCAGAUUUUGGUGUGAACUCCAAAAGUGGAAGCACAAUGAGUUUUACCAUGUUAAAGCUUUGUGCAGCCAAGGUCCUGCUUAUGUCUGUAUCAUCACAGACCUACAGCCUUAUGCUUCCUAUAAUGUCCGAGUAGUGGUGGUGUAUUGGACAGGGGCAAACAGUACCUCUCUUCCGGGAAGUUUUAAGACUAAAGCUGGAGUCCCAAGUAAACCAGGCAUUCCAAAAUUAUUAGAAGGGAGUAAAAAUUCAAUACAGUGGGAAAAAGCUGAUGAUAAUGGAAGCAGACUUAUGUACUAUAUCCUUGAGAUCAGAAAGAGCACUUCAAAUGAUUCAUGGAACCAGAAUUUAACAUGGAAGAUGGCAUUUAAUGACUCAUGCAGUAGCAUUUGCACAUGGAAGUCCAAAAACCUGAAAGGAACAUUUCAGUUCAGAGUAGUAGCUGUAAAUAAUCUGGGGUUUGGUGAAUAUAGUGGAAUCAGUGAUGAUAUUAUAUUAGUUGGAGAUGGUUUUUGGAGACCAGAAACAAGCUUUAUACUUACUAUUAUAAUUGGAAUAUUUCUGGUUAUUACAAUCCCAUUAGUCUUUGUCUGGCAUAGAUUAAAGAAUCAAAACACUCCCAAGAAAGGGCUGACGGUUCUCGUAAAUGAAGACAAAGAAUUGGCUGAACUUCGAAGUCUGGCCACUGGAGUAGGGCUGGCAAACGCCUGCUAUGCGAUACAUACUCUUCCGACCCAAGAGGAGAUUGAAAGUCUUCCUGCCUUCCCUCGGGAAAAACUGACUCUGCGUCUCUUGCUGGGAAGCGGGGCCUUUGGAGAAGUGUAUGAAGGGACAGCGGUUGACAUCUUAGGAGUUGCAAGUGGAGAAACCAAAGUAGCUGUGAAGACUUUGAAGAAGGGCUCCACAGACCAGGAGAAGAUUGAAUUCCUGAAGGAGGCACAUCUGAUGAGCAAGUUUAAUCAUCCCAACAUUCUGAAGCAGCUUGGAGUUUGUCUGCUGAACGAACCCCAGUACAUUAUCCUGGAACUGAUGGAGGGAGGAGACCUUCUUACCUAUUUGCGUAAAGCCCGGAUGACGCCGUUUCAUGGUCCUUUACUCACCCUGGUUGACCUCGUGGACCUAUGUGUAGAUAUUUCAAAAGGCUGCGUCUACUUGGAGCAGAUGCACUUCAUUCAUAGGGAUCUGGCAGCUCGGAAUUGCCUUGUCUCCAUGAAAGACUAUACCAGUCCAUCACGGAUAGUGAAAAUUGGGGACUUUGGACUUGCGAGGGAUAUCUAUAAAAACGAUUACUAUAGGAAGAGAGGAGAAGGUCUGCUCCCUGUUCGGUGGAUGGCUCCAGAAAGUUUGAUGGAUGGAAUCUUCACUACUCAGUCUGAUGUAUGGUCUUUUGGAAUUCUGAUUUGGGAAAUUUUAACUCUUGGUCAUCAGCCUUACCCAGCUCAUUCCAACCUUGAUGUUUUAAACUAUGUGCAAACAGGAGGGAGACUGGAGCCACCAAGAAAUUGUCCUGAUGAUCUGUGGAAUUUAAUGACCCAGUGCUGGGCUCAAGAACCUGACCAAAGACCUACCUUCCAUAAAAUUCAAGAACAGCUUCAGUUAUUCAGAAAUUUUUCCUUAAAUAGCAUUUCUCAAUGCAGAGGAGAAGCACACCCCAGUGGAGUCAUAAAUGAAGGCUUUGAAGAUGAAGAUGGCCAUCCAAUUUGUUUGAAUUCAGAUGACGUUACGUCAGUUGCUUUAAUGGAAACCAAGAACCAAGAAGGGUUACACUACAUGGUACUUGCUACAGAAUGCAGACAAGGUAAAGCCAAUUCUGAGGGUCCUCUAGGCUCUAAGGAAUCUGAAUCUUGUGGUCUGAGGAAAGAAGAGAAGGAACCACACGCAGACAAAGCUAUCUGCCAAGAAAAACAAGUGGCUUACUGCCCUCCUGGCAAGCCUGAAGGCCUGAACUAUGCCUGCCUCACUCACAGUGGGUAUGGAGAUGGGUUUGAUUAA